AUGAAGCUUCCCCUCUUCCUUCCCUGGGCUUGCUGCCUCUACGGCUGCACCAUGGGCACCGGCUUCCUCUAUCCGUACCCGUCCGCAGCCCUGCAGCAGCACAACUACCCUGAGCAUGGCCCCGCACCUCCGGGCAGCGGCUACGCGAAUCGCCGGAACUGGUGCCAUCAUACAGUGACAAAAAUGGUUUCCUGUCAAAUACAAAAUGGAUCAGAAACAGUAUUCCAGAGGGUGUACCAGAGCUGCCGGUGGCCAGGACCCUGCACUAACCUAGUCAGUUAUCAUACUUUGUUAACAGGCACCUUCCAAGUGAGCCACAAGUCUGUGACAGAGAUGGAAAACAGCUGCUGCCCAGGUUGGAAGGGAGGAGAAUGCAAAGAGGAAUGCAUGAAUUGCACCCGAUUAAACGACAUGAACGAGAAGCUUUCUGCAUUGGAAGUCAAGAUUCUCCUUCUGGAAGCAGCUGGGAGUGUGGCAACUUCAGAAAAUGACAUUACUAAGACAACCCCAACCUGGAAUAAAGAUUUCCUACCAGAUGCCAUUCCAUUGUCCAAUCCUGGAACCAUAAAGAGGAACCCUUUAGGACCAAGAGGAUUUCCUGGACAAACGGGACCUCCAGGACCUGUGGGUCCCUCAGGGCUCCCAGGGCCACCUGGCUCAAAAGGCGAAAAGGGCCAGAUGGGGGAGAUGGGACCAAGGGGGCCCCCUGGACUCCUGGGGCCUCAGGGUCCCAGGGGACUUCCUGGAGAGACUGGACUCCCUGGGCCUCCUGGACCCCCAGGCCCUCCUGGCAGCCCUGGCCUUCUGCCGCCAUUCCAACAAGGGGUUUUAUAUUCCCUCCAGCCCGCCGGACAGAAAGAAAAUGGCGAAUCCCAGGCGUCUUCCACUGUAAUAGACACCAUCAUGGCAGGGAUCCCUGGGCCUCAGGGUCCCCCUGGCCCACCAGGACCACCCGGACCCUCUGGACCCAAUGGACCCCCAGGGCCCAUGGGAGCUCCGGGAUCCCAGGGAGAACCUGGCUCAAAAGGAAUAGAAAAAGGAAAAGAGAGCGAGGGAGUACAACAGCUUCGAGAAGCCCUGAAGAUUUUAGCAGAGAGGGUGCUAAUUCUAGAACACAUGAUUGGAAUCCAUGACCCACUAUCUUCCACGGAACCAGGUUCUGGACAAGAUGGAUCACUAGGUGGUGCCUUACAGAGCAAUAAGAUGAAGAGAGGAGGCUCCCUCCCACCCCAGCCAUAUGACACCAUCUCUAACUUACUUGACAACAUCAAGCCCAGAAAGAACAGUAAUGACAGCAGGAGCUUGAAAUAG